UUUUUAUCUAGGAUUCCGAAAAAUAUGUUGAGCAACUGUUAGAACUUUUUAUACGAUUUAGCAAGCUAGUCAAAGAAGCAUUUAAUGAUGAUCCAAGGUUUUUAACAGCACGAGAUAAGGCUUUCAAGAAAGUUGUAAAUGAUACUUCAGUAUUUAGAUUAGAAUUACCAUCCAAACAAAAAGGAGUUGGAAACAAAACCCAACCAGAAUCUCGAUGUCCAGAAUUAUUGGCAAAUUAUUGUGAUAUGUUACUCAGGAAGACACCUUUAAGUAGAAAACUUACAUCAGAUGAAAUCGAAGGAAAAUUAAAAGAAGUAUUGCUUGUACUCAAAUAUGUACAGAAUAAAGAUGUUUUUAUGAGGUAUCAUAAAGCACACUUAACAAGACGUCUGAUUCUAGAUUCAUCAGCUGAUAGUGAAAAAGAAGAAAAUAUGGUAGAAUGGUUAAGAGAUGUUGGCAUGCCUGCAGAUUAUGUCAAUAAAUUAGCAAGAAUGUUUCAAGAUAUUAAAGUCAGUGAAGAUUUGAAUCAGCAAUUUAAAGAUGUUCAUAGAAAUAAUAAAGGAAGUAUUGCUGAUUCUAUAAAUAUUAAGAUUUUAAAUGCUGGUGCUUGGGCAAGAGGUAGUGAGCGUGUACAGGUAUCUUUACCAUUAGAACUAGAAGAUUUUAUUCCUGAAGUAGAAGAAUUUUAUAGACAUAAGCACAAUGGUCGAAAACUACAGUGGUAUCAUCACAUGUCAAAUGGAACAAUUGCAUUUAGUAAUAUAGCUGGAAAAUUUGACUUGGAUGUUACUACAUUCCAAAUGGCUGUAUUAUUUGCUUGGAAUCAAAGACCAAAUGAUAGAAUAUCAUUUGAAAAUUUAAGAUUAGCAACCGAAUUGCCAGAUGCAGAACUUAGAAGAACUCUAUGGUCUUUAGUAGCAUUUCCUAAAUUAAAGCGGCAGGUACUUAUAUGUUCUCCAGAUGCUAAAACACCAAAGGAUUUUGAUGAUAGUACUCAGUUUUGGGUAAAUCAAGAAUUUGCUGUCAUAAAAAAUGGCAAAUUGCAGAAGCGUGGUAAAGUCAAUUUAAUUGGUCGUUUACAAUUAUCAACAGAAAAGAGUAAAGAAGAAGACAAUGAGAGCAUUGUUCAGUUGCGGAUAUUGCGUACACAGGAGGCAAUAGUUAAAAUAAUGAAAAUGAGGAAAAGAAUUACAAAUGCUCAGCUACAAACAGAAUUAGUAGAAAUACUUAAAAAUAUGUUUUUACCAUCCAAAAAGAUGAUAAAAGAACAAAUAGAAUGGCUAAUAGAACAUAAAUAUAUGAAACGUGCAGAAGAUAAUAUUAAUGUUUUUAUUUAUAUGGCAUGAUUUAAAUAUAUUGGUGAUUUGUUGAAAAUUAUUCUCCAAUCAAUUUCAAAAUGCUGGACUCAAAUUGGCAGUUUCCUACAUUCAGACUAUGUAAUUUUCAACAAGAAUUAUUUCAUUUAGAAGUAUAAAUAUGAUAUAAUAUGUACACUUAAAAAUAUAUAUACUUUUUAUUUAAUGAUGACAUAUUGUUCCUGAUUUAUGCAGUCAUCAAUAUAAGAUUAAUUUGCAAGAGAAAUCAAAAAUCUUCAGUUUGUUUAAAAUGCCAAAAAUAAAGUGGAUUGACUGUUUAGUUGCGGACGCAACAAAAAUGUUAUCGGCCGAAAGAUCGCAUAAAUGCCAUGGUAGACGAAGUUAUUGGAGAAUUGUACAUCAUCAUCGUCAUCUGUCCAAAACUUUACUUUUAUCAUCACCAUAUUAUGCCUUCAUCUGUAGAUAAAAAUGAAAAUAUAACAUUUUAAAAUUAAUUUUUCUUAUUAUAUGUGCUAUAGAAAACAAACAACAUAUUCUCAAAAAUAUAUAUACAUAAUUUCGUUAUUUUCAUUUAAUUGAAUGGAC